CCCCCUGCGGUUCAGUCCGGUUGGAAUUGGGGGUUGAGAAGGAGAUAUCAGCGUUAAUAUCCUCAGGCCGCGGGGGCCUGAGUCCAACUCACAGCCAUGUGGAAGGCAUCAGAACGGCUGAUGGACACCAUCAGCCACUAUGCCUCGUUUCCAGCGACAGGAGUUUCCCUAAGGCAGAUGGUUCAGUUUGGACAUAGACCAUCAACAGGAACUCUCUUUCGCGCAUCCCAAUUCCUGUCGGAAGAACUCCCAAUCCGCCUAGCACACAGAGUCAAGGAGCUGGGCGACCUGCCGGAUGGAUUAAACGACAUGCCUUCGAUAAGAAAGGUGCAGGAUUGGUAUGCACAGUCAUUCGAGGAAAUUAUAAGUUUGCCACGGCCAACCCUUUCGCAGGAAGUCAGAGCUCGCCUUCUACGGCCGAGUCGCCAGCAUGGCCGCGAGCCGAAACUCCUCGAUGAGGCAACACAAAAUCCGAGUGUGAAAAACGGCCAAUACCGCUCCUCCACGACAUCCAUCCUCCAGCAGACAAAAGACCUGUGCAUUAACGGCAACGGCGGCAAUGGAGGUGUAAAUGGGACUACAAAGCACAGAGUCAGCGGGAACCGAAGGUACUUUGUUGCCGCAGACGACGGAGGCGACUGGCCACCCGAACUCAGGGAUUAUAACAACCGGUUCGCUUCGACGCUACAUCACAUCAAAAGGCGGCAUGAUAGCGUGGUCACGACAGUUGCGCAAGGAAUUCUGGAAUGGAAACGGAAAAGGCAGCGGCUGCAGAUUGACUCUAAUAUACAAUCGUUCCUUGAUCGUUUUUACAUGUCUCGUAUCGGUAUACGAAUGCUGAUAGGGCAACAUAUUGCCCUUACACAGCAGACGCAUGAAUACCACCCGAACUAUGUCGGAAUCAUCUGUACCAAGACGAAUGUCCGUGAACUUGCGCAGGAAGCGAUUGAGAACGCGCGGUUCGUCUGUGAAGAUCAUUAUGGAUUAUUUGACGCACCCAAGGUUCGCCUCGUCUGCAAAGAUGAUUUGAAUUUUAUGUACGUCCCGGGGCAUCUGUCGCACAUGCUUUUCGAAACUCUGAAGAAUUCGUUGCGUGCUGUUGUAGAAACACAUGGCCCGGAGAAUGAUUCGUUCCCUGAGAUCAAGGUUAUUGUCGCGGAAGGCCGCGAGGAUAUAACAAUUAAAAUUUCCGACGAAGGAGGGGGUAUCCCAAGAUCGUCAAUUCCCCUAGUUUGGACGUAUAUGUACACCACAGUGGAUCAGACUCCAAAUUUGGACCCGGAUUUUAAUAAGAGCGAUUUUAAGGCUCCAAUGGCUGGUUUUGGCUAUGGGCUUCCGAUCAGUCGGCUCUAUGCACGGUAUUUCGGCGGUGACUUAAAGUUGAUUAGCAUGGAGGGAUAUGGCACAGAUGUCUACCUUCACCUUAACCGCCUUUCUUCGAGCUCAGAGCCCCUUCAAUGACAAUUACCAGUCAUGAAGGAUGGCCGCACACUCGUUCGCUCGGCUCGCCAUUUAUUCCCUUCGCUUCCAUCAUCAUCCCAAGCAUUGACGCCCAUGAAUGUGGCGGUAAUUCGUUCAAUGGUUGAAACCAGAGAGGUGUCUGAAAGGAAACAAGUAGGGGAUGCGGAGAGCCUCGUCUAUCAGGAGAGAAGUUGGUGAGAACCCAUAAAUUGUGGGCUCUCGCCCCUCGAUUAACGUUUCCCUUCCGGCCGGCUGCAGAAUUUGAUUGCUCACAAUAUGUUCCUCUGUGUAAAGGAUAAGCGUUUUCCUGCGCAUUAGGAGACUUCGGCCGUUCCUACGGUUCAUGCGCGGAUUAC